AUGGGAUCUACGCACCGGGAAAAGCACAAAAGCAAGUCCGACUCGGUACUCUCAUCGGUUACCACGAACGGCGCAAGGAAGACAGGUGAAAGCCAGGUCGAUGAAUCCAAGGUAGUGGUACAGCAAGGAGAUCUCGCAGAUGAUGAUGUUGAGAUGCAAGACUCCAAGCAAGACGUUGUCUCGGAUAGCGAUGAAUACUCGGACGAUGAUGACCAAGAUCGCAAGCAGUCGGGUGAAGUGAAGGAAACUGAAAAACAGAAGGGUACCGACAGCGAUGUGGAGAUGGAUAACGUGGGAGACUCCGAUCCUGAAGAUGAGGAGGACGAGACGGGCGAACCCUCCUUUGGCGAGCUCAUGCGGGCAAAUGCAGCUGAGAUUGAUGUUGAGGCUGAACUAGAGGACGAUGUCCGCAUCGGGUCUCUUGUUCCUGGGAAACCCAACAAAGCAGUCCAACAAAUUCCAUCUGGUGUCUCGCUCUCCACCGUCCUUACGCAGUCCCUCAAGACUAACGAUAACGACAUGCUUGAAUCUUGUUUCCAUACCGGUGAGCUCUCGAUCAUCCGGACGACCAUUCAACGCUUGGAGUCGUCCCUGGCUGCUACACUUCUCCAAAAGCUGGCUGAGCGCCUUGCUGCCCGGCCUGGUCGGUACGGACACCUCCUCGUGUGGAUUCAAUGGACAUGUGUCGCACAUGGCGGGGCGCUCGCUGGUCAGCCAGAUCUCUUGAAGCGUAUGGCUACGCUCUACAAGGUUAUGGAUCAGCGCUCAUCAAGUCUGUCGUCUUUGCUGCUGCUUAAGGGUAAGCUUGAUAUGCUGGACGCGCAACUCGGCUUGAGGCAAUCCAUCCGCAGUGGGGCGGAGGGGAUGGAGAGCGAGGAUGAAGACAACGUCAUCUACGUCGAGGGAGAGGAGGAGCUUGAGGAGGAGGAUAGCGAUGCUGAGACUGCAAAGCAUAUGGCCACUCCACGGACCAAGUUGAUUCGUGAUCAGACCUUUGACGAAGACGAGUCCAUGCUGAACGGCGUCCAGUCUGGCAUUGAUGAGUCAGAGGACGAGGAAGAGGGAAGUGAGGAGGAUGACGAUGAGAACGAAGAUGUGUUUGAUGUUGAGGCAGAGGAGUCUGCUGGCUCUUCCGACGCUGAGGAGUCCCUGGAGGAGGACGAAGACGACGAGGAUGAUGAUGCCGAGAGCGCCGGCUCGGUAGCCGAUUUCAUUGCCGACACAGAAGAUGAAUCCGAGGAUGAAGCUCUUUCCGCUCCCCAGCCGCCACCAAAGAAGACCAAGCUGGGUAGUGGAGGGAAGGGGAAGAACAAGGCGAGAAAAUAG